AUGGAGGACGAAGACAAGUACAAGCGCUUCUCCCACAUCCCCAUACCCACAUACGACGAGGCGACCACCUCUCGACCCUCGUCAUCGCAGGCCUUUCGCGGCGCGGAGGAAGUGAGCGACGAUGCGGAGAGGCAGGGCUUGUUGCCUCAGGAGAGCACCUAUCGCCCUCCGACAGCAGAAUCGCCGCGCUCGAGCGAAGACAGCGAUCUGAGACUGCCUGAGGUGACGGGAACUGGCGACGACGACAGGCGACGGGUGGAAGAGCUGGAUUAUCUCGAUCCGAACGACCCUGACCCGGCGCAACGACAGUCGCGUUUAUAUCACCGCGCAAGAUUACGCUCCAAAUUCUCCCAACACCUCUCCAAUCUCGGCGCCACCCUUUCUUCCAUACGACUGCCUUCGUUUCGAUCCUUAUAUACCCCCGUGUCCGCUUCCCCAGACGCUGACGCCUCCGCCGAAACACCGCCCUCCCGACUCACCUGGCUCACUCGUCGCACCGAGACCCUUCCUACCAUUCCCGAACGAUACCGCAUGUCCGCCGGUACUGCUGCGAGAUUAUGCGGUCUUCUCUCAAUCGCACUCCUCAUCUACGCCCUCUUCAUUCUAGAUGUCUUCCCUGGAAAUGGCCGAUAUCCCGGCACUCGCUUUGAUCCGGAGUCUGUCCGCUCGUAUGUACAGGAUAAUGUGAAUGCUGGUAGGAUUGAAGAAUAUUUGACACACAUCACGAGCUACGACCAUGUGGCUGGCACAGCGGGAGACUUGUAUAUGGCCGAGUGGAUGAAGGAGAGAUGGAUAAAAGAUGGGAACCUGGACGACAUUGCUUUGAUGAGCUACUACGUGUACCUGAACUAUCCGGAAACGGGGGGCAGGAGUGUGAGUAUAGUCAGUCCGGCGGAGAAGAAGUGGGUCGCUCGUCUGGAGGAGGAUGUUGUGGACCCUGGGAAAGAACAAUCGCUCGCCUGGCAUGGAAACAGCAAGAAUGGGGAAGUUGAGGGACACUUGAUAUACGCAAAUGGGGGCAGCCGGGAGGACUUCAAGUGGCUCCAAGAUCAGGGCGUGGUGUUGAACGGCAGCAUUGCUUUGAUGCGGUAUCAUAGCACGCAGCCGGAUCGAGCUUUGAAAGUCAAAGCAGCUGAAGAAGCGGGUUGUGUUGGAGCGUUGAUCUAUUCAGAUCCAAAGGACGAUGGAGGCGUUGGGGAAGAGCGAGCGUCAUGGCCGGAUGGACCUUGGAGACCGCAAGAUUCAGUGCAGCGUGGUAGCGUGGCUCUGUCCAAUUGGAUCGUUGGAGAUCCGCUGACGCCUGGCCACGCGAGUACAAAAGACGCGAGUCGUGUGUCAAAAGAGAACAAUCCAGGAUUGAACCAGAUUCCGUCACUUCCUCUGGCAUGGAGAGAUGCGAGGGUCCUUAUCGAAUCAUUGCAGAAUCACGGGCAUACAACUCCUGGACCGUGGGUAGGAGGAGCACCGGAGUUCUCAGACGUCUGGUAUACCGGCGACGACAGCAAGGAUGCGCCAAUCGUUCACCUGAAGAACGUCAAUGAUGAGAGCGAACGACAACAGAUAUGGAACCUGCACGGCCUCAUUGAAGGACUGGAGCAGAGGGAGAAGAAGAUCAUCGUUGGGAGUCACCGGGACGCAUGGUGCUUUGGCUCGGUGGAACCUGGCAGUGGAAGUGCUGUGCUGAUGGAGAUGGUCGAGAUCUUCGGCCAGCUGCGCAAGUUGGGAUGGAGGCCACUCCGCAGUAUCGAGUUCGUGAGCUGGGAUGCCGAGGAGUACAAUCUGAUGGGCAGUACCGAAUACGUUGAAGACAACAUGGACUAUCUUCGCGAUAAUGCGGUUGCAUAUCUGAACGUGGCGGCGGGUGUGUACGGCCCAGACUCAGUCUUCCGCGCAGCCGGCAGCCCGAUGUGGCAACGAGCGCUGUCGCAUGUUGUGGAUCGAGUCGCCAUUCCCGGAGAUGGAGCCACGCUGCGGCAGAUAUGGGAAGACAAGAACAGCCAGCUAGAAGGCAUGGGUGCGAGUGGUGAUUAUGCCGGCUUCCAGCAUAUGGCUGGCACUUCGUCCAUCGACUUUGGCUUCGAAGGCCAACCCAACGCGUAUCCCCACGGCUCUUGCUACGAGACUCUGGAGUGGAUGAAGAAGUUUGGGGAUCCGGAAUUCAAUUGGCAUCGUACCCUUGCACAGGUCUGGGCCCUUCUCAUCCUCGAAGUCGCCGAUCGACCUUUGCUUCCAUUCGACUUGCGCAACUACGCCGAAGCGAUCAAAGGCCGCUACCUCGACAGCUUGCAAGAGUCCGCCGAGCAGAAAUCAGACAAGAACACACAGUUGGACCUUGAACCUCUCCGGUCCGCCGCGAACCAUCUGACUGAAGUCUCGGAGAAAUUCCACCGAUUCGAAGACGUCUGGACAACACAGGUUCUCGGCUCCGGAGGGAUCGAAAACAACAACUUCGCCAAGAGGAGGCUGGAAUAUAACAACAAACUCUCCAACUUUGAACGUGAUUUGUUGGAUUUGCCUUCUAAUCCUCUCGACUUGGAGAUUCAUGGUCUUCCCGGUAGAGAGCAGUUCAAGCAUGUCAUCCUCGGACCUGGUGGAUGGGAAGGAGGCAGAUACGGGGUCUUCUUCCCUUUGGUGAGGGAUGCGAUUGAGAGGGGAAACUUCACGGAAGCAAAGGCCGCGGUGGAAAGGACGGCUGCGACUCUGAGGAGAGCGACGGAGAAUUUGGAUGGUUAG